AUCCUGGUCUGGACGGGAUGGACGCUCUGCCGUACAUCGACCUGAUCGACCCGGCUGAAAUUGACCUGCUGCUCAUCAGCCACUUCCACCUGGAUCACUGUGGAGCUCUGCCCUGGUUCCUGCAGAAGACCAGCUUUAAAGGACGCACCUUCAUGACUCACGCCACCAAGGCCAUCUACCGCUGGCUGCUGUCCGACUACGUCAAAGUCAGUAACAUCUCUGCAGACGACAUGUUGUACACGGAGACGGACCUGGAGGAGAGCAUGGAGAAGAUCGAGACCAUCAACUUCCACGAGGUGAAGGAAGUGGCCGGCAUCAAGUUCUGGUGUUACCACGCCGGGCACGUCCUCGGAGCCGCCAUGUUCAUGAUCGAGAUCGCCGGAGUCAAGUUGUUGUACACAGGAGACUUCUCUCGUCAGGAGGACAGACAUCUGAUGGCAGCAGAGAUCCCCAGCGUCAAACCCGACAUCCUCAUCACUGAGUCCACCUACGGGACUCACAUCCACGAGAAGCGAGAGGAGAGGGAGGCUCGGUUCUGUAACACCGUCCAUGACAUCGUGAACAGGGAGGGCCGCUGCCUGAUCCCCGUCUUCGCUCUGGGUCGAGCUCAGGAGCUGCUGCUCAUCCUGGAUGAGUACUGGCAGAACCACCCGGAGCUCCACGACAUCCCCAUCUACUACGCCUCGUCUCUGGCCAGGAAGUGCAUGGCGGUCUACCAGACCUACAUCAACGCCAUGAACGACAAGAUCCGCAAGGCCAUCAACAUCAACAACCCCUUCGUCUUCAAGCACAUCAGCAACCUCAAGAGCAUGGAUCACUUCGACGAUAUCGGCCCCAGCGUGGUGAUGGCGUCCCCCGGUAUGAUGCAGAGCGGUCUGUCCAGAGAGCUGUUUGAGAGCUGGUGCACCGACAAGAGGAACGGGGUCAUCAUCGCCGGGUACUGUGUGGAGGGGACGCUCGCCAAGCACAUCAUGACAGAGCCGGACGAGAUCGCCACCAUGUCCGGUCAGAAGCUUCCUCUGAAGAUGUCUGUGGACUACAUCUCCUUCUCCGCUCACACCGACUACCAGCAGACCAGCGAGUUCAUCAGAGCGCUCAAACCUCCUCACGUGAUUCUGGUCCAUGGCGAGCAGAACGAGAUGGCCCGUUUGAAAGCGGCUCUUAUACGUGAGUACGAAGACAACGACGAGGUCGACAUUGAAGUCCACAACCCGCGAAACACAGAGGCCGUCACGCUCAACUUCAGAGGAGAGAAACUGGCGAAGGUGAUGGGCUCUCUGACUGACAGGAAGUGUGUUCAGGGUCAGAGGGUCUCCGGGAUCCUCAUCAAAAGAAAUUUCAACUAUCACAUUGUGACGCCGUCGGACCUCUCCAACUACACAGAUCUGUGCAUGAGCACAGUGACCCAGACUCAGGCCAUCCCAUACACCGGACCCAUCUCCCUGCUGGUCAGCCAGCUCCGCAGCCUCGCAGGAGACGUGGAGCAGGUUGAGGAUGCGAAGAAGAUCACAGUCAGGAUAUUUAAGAGCAUCACUCUGGUCCACGAGCCCGGCAUGGUGCUGCUGGAGUGGAUCGCCAACCCACUGAACGACAUGUACGCUGACGCCGUCACUACGGUGGUCCUGGAGGUCCAAUCCAACCCCAACGCCCAGAAAUUUCUUGAAGGAAAGAUAGAAACGUUCGACAUGGAUGUGUUCAUAGAGAGACUGGCGCUCAUGCUGCACGACAUGUUCGGAGACGACAGCGUUGACUUCAAAGACGGCAGAAACCUGAGCGUGACGGUGGACGGAGUCACCGCGUUAAUCGACCCAGAAACCAGAUCGGUGGCGUGCGCAGAGGACGAGACUCUGAGGGAGAUGGUGGAGAUUGCCGUCCACCGGCUCUAUGACGCCCUCAGCCCCACCUGUGAUGUCAGCAGCAGGGGGCGGCGGUCACCUGUCAGCGUCACCUGUGAUGAGUGACCUGGACAUUGAUAUGAAACAUGCUUCUGUUUGCUUUCUUUUACAAAGACGAACAAUUUCUGUGAAACCUGAUUCCAAAGGAAUCCCCUUCAGGAGGCGGACCAGACCAGCAGCCAGCAGCCGAGAGCUUUUGUGAUUUACCAAUGAAAUGGACGUUGUGAUAAAAUAGAUUUCAUCAUGAAAAUAAAUCUUUUUUUCUAGUCAGA